UGGAGCACUAAAGAAAAAACCCGUAGCCCUGUGGUAGAAAGAGCUGAUGGCAAGUGGACAGCCCGUAUCUACAAAGGCAGCUGCGAAGGGGAAAGGCAAAAGUUUCAACGGUUAUGGCGAGGAUCCAAAGAAUGAGAUGAAAGAUAGGCCACCAGAUGAAAUCUUGGCGGCUCAGCUUUGUGAGGCCAUUAAUGGAGGAGCCACGACAAAGGCAGAAGCACUUUUCAGUCGGCUGGAUGUAGAACUACGGAAGGAGGACUCCCUCCGCCUACAAAGUCGGACCACACAGGAGGAAGCUGCUGCAGUGGCCGCGCUUCCAGACUGCGGCUCCGACAGUUCCGAUGAUGAAAGGAGGUCAGCAGGACGUUCCGCCCAGCUUGGCAAAUAGACCAGUUGGGCACAGCUGAGCCUUCCAGCUCUGUACAGUUUACCAGCUGGAUUCAGUGGAGGUCUUGCAAUGAAAAGGACAGAUGUGGGUGGAUUUUCAGCAGAAAUAUGGGAUGGCUGCAGAUAGUGGAGCUUUGGUCUUUGGUGAAGGUAGCUGAAGCCUUGCAAGAGCCAGGCCCCUUUGGUGAUUUGGAGAAGGAGCUUCGUUUUGUGACACCUACGAAUUUCAUGGGAACCCCCCUUGAUUAAAAAAAACAUUACGAACCACAUGGCUG